GAACACUGAGGCUGUCUACAAGAAGGGUCAGAGCCAUCUCUAUUUCCUGAGGAGACUGAGGUCCUUUAACAUCUGCCGGACGAUGCUGAGAAUGUUCUAUGAGUCUGUGGUGGCCAGUGCUAUCAUGUUUGCUGUUGUGUCCUGGGGCAGCAGGCUGAGGGUAGCAGACACCAACAGAAUCAACAAACUCAUUCGUAAGGCCAGUGAUGUUGUGGGGAUGGAACUGGACUCCCUGACAGUGAUGUCUGAAAAGAGGAUGCUGUCCAAGUUGCAUGCGGUCUUGGUCAAUGUCUCCCAUCCACUACAUAAUGUACUGGGUGGGCACAGGAGUACAUUCAGCCAGAGACUCAUUCCACCGAGAUGCAACACAGAGCGUCAUAGGAAGUCAUUCCUGCCUGUGGCCAUCAAACUUUACAACUCCUCCCUUGGAGGGUCAGACACCCUGAGCCGAUAUGCUGGUCCUGGACUUAUUUCAUAAUUUACUGGCAUAACUUACAUAUUACUAUUUAACUAUUUAUGGUUCUAUUGCUAUUUAUUAUUUAUGGUGCAACUGUAACGAAAACCAAUUUCCCCCGGGAUCAAUAAAGUAUGACUAUGACUAACCACACAUUGCUCUAGUCUGUGCUAGGAGUGGCGCCCCACACAGACUUCCAAUCUGCGCCUUGUAAGGCAUGAAAAUGCCCGACGCAGGCCUCUCAUGGUCUGAGUCGACGUUCCCUCCCUCCCCUCCUGCCACUUAAUACAACAUCACUGAUUCAACCACUCGACCAAGGUGUGAUCCACAUUCAAGGUGUGCGUAUUUUUUUUACCACGAACUAUCUCUCAGAUGCUGCAAGCAACAGACAAUUUUGGAAAUCCUGGGUGAAGGAUUGGUGGAAGUCGGAACACUUGGCACAAAUGGCAAUGGACAUGGACCCAUGUUUAGAACGAAGUCAGCAUUUCAGUCAUUCCCUGCCGUCAGCCCUUCUUCCCUACAAGCAAAUUUAAAACAAAAUGCUGCCAAGCAAACAACCUUCACCACUUUAUUCAAAUCCGUAAAACCUUCUGCUGCCAGCAGUUCUAAGAGUUCUGUGAGUCUUCCUUUUCACCCCUUGCUAUGAUCCUGACAACCACAACCAACCACCUUAUCUAUGUAAAGCUGCCCGAUACCACAACAACCACUCAUCUCCCAGAGCGAACACACCUGCCACUGUUGGAAAGGCGAUGUAGUCUUGCUGAGGUGCACAGCCAUUGUGAAUACAACUAAUGAAUCUCUAUUUGACAAGAAUCCUAUAAGUGAAAGUAUCCACUUGCAUGCAGGACCCGAACUCAGGGACGAGUUACAGAAAUUGAAAGUUUGCCGCACAGGGGAGGCGAAAAUGACCAAAGGGUUUAAUUUGGCUGCGAGGUUUAUUAUCCAUACUGUGGGGCCGCGAUAUAAUGCUAAAUACAGAACAGCUGCUGAAAGUUCCUUGUACAGCUGCUACAGGAGUGUACUUCUGUUAGCCAGGGAGCAUUCAAUGUCUUCAUUGGGAUUAUCUGUCAUCAAUAUACCAAAAAGGGGCUACCCUUUGGAGGAUGCUACCAACAUAGCUCUGAGGACAGUUAGACGAUUUUUGGAGAAACAUGGAGACACCAUUGAGACUGUUGUCUUUGCAGUUACAGAUCUAGAAGAGGCUACAUAUUUGAAAUUGAUGCCUUUGUAUUUUCCACGGUCUUUGGAAGAAGAAAGAAGAUGUUUGCCAAUUCUUCCUGCUGAUGUAGGAAAUGCUGAAGGAGAACCAGUCAUUGCAGAACGCCAGAUUCGAAUACUAGACAAGCCAGGGAUACUGCAUUCUGACUCUGAAUCUGAUGAGGAACAUCUUGAUCUAGAGGACAUUGGGACACAUGCAUUUGCUAAGAUGGAAGGAGAUAUAGAUAAGCAGAGACGGCUGAUUCUCCAAGGGCAAAUGUCAGAUGCAGCUGUACAAAAAGCACAUCAGAGGAACUAUAACCGUUGGCUGUGUAGAGCUAGAGCAGCUGAUCUCUCUGAUGUUGCUUCAUUAAAAGCUUUAUACCAGACAGGAUAUGAUAAAAGUGGCCAUAUUGUUGUGGUGAUAGUAGGAAGAAAUAUUCCUGUAACACUAAUAGACCCUGAUAAGGCUCUGCUGUAUUUUAUUCACAUUAUGGACCACAUUGCUGUAAGGGAGUUUGUCAUGGUGUACUUUCAUACUCUAACCAGCGACCACAAUCAUCCUGACUCAGAAUUCCUCAAGAAGUUAUACGACAUAGUUGAUGUAAAAUACAAAAGAAAUAUGAAGGCGUUUUACUUUGUACAUCCAACAUUUCGGUCAAAGAUGAUGACCUGGAUGUUCACAACAUUUUCUGUUUCGGGAUUAAAGGACAAAGUGCAUUAUGUUGAGACCCUUCCUCAGCUGUUUACACUUAUUUCUCCGGAGCAGAUCGACAUUCCUCCUUUUGUGCUGGAAUAUGAUGCUAGGGUUAAUGGACCUUACCAGUAUUCAUGCCCUUCCUCUCCAGACUUCUGAAGAAUUAGCAUGUGUUUCUAUGUAAAACUGCAAAUGAGAAACAAUGUUCUGAAUGAAAUAUGUUUAUAGUAAAGAAAUUUUAUUUCCUCAGAUUUUUUAAGAUGUUUUGCAGCAGCAAUCAAAUAAUUGUAUUUGUCACAAUUUGCAAAGGGACAGCAACAUUUAUUUUUAAGAUUCAAGCUUUUACAGUAUGUUUCUAGUUUAAUUUAAAAUUGAUUUUAAGGUCAUUUAUUUCAAAUCCUAAUAGUUCCUGGAUAACUGGUUAUUAAUAUACUGCCUAAGGCUAUAAUUAACUUCGAUUCAAAAUUGAGGAAAUUGCUGGAGGUGGAAUGGGGGAAGAUUAACUAUAAUGUCAAGGUUUCCUCCUAACAAUACUUAGUGAUGGAAUAUAAACUGUUUCAGAUCCUGACAUCAGAAAUUGGAGAGUAACAAUCACUUCUGGUAUUACUACUUUUAUCUUUGAGUACAGCCUAUAAUAUUUUCACAGUUCAUUUGGGAUGUGUUUUAAUAGAUUUGUUUUUAACAAUGGUACAUGUGUGCUAAUAUUUGUUGUUAAAUUGUGUUACUAAAUGAAGGUCAGCAUUUCUCCGGCAAUUCAGAUUCAGUGCACUAAAGCAAACCUGCACAUUCUACUCUUAAUGAUGACCAGUUUUACAUGUGUCUUGCAAUUAAUUUAUCUUAUUCCAAAGGCAUUUAUUAAAGUUUAGGAAAUUUACUUUCACUUUAGGUAAUGAUGACACAAGGCAUCCAUCAAAGAGUAUUUUAUUUAGAGAUACAGCAUGGCAACAGCCACUUCCAGCCCAAAGAGCCCAGACCCAUACUGCCCAAUUACUUAUUUUUACAUCUUUUAUUCAGAGAUACAGCACAGAAUAGGUCUUUCCAGCCUUCAAGCUGCACCGCCCAGCAACUCCUGACAACCCCAAUUUAAUACUAACCUAAUCACAGGACAAUUUACAAUGACCAAUUAACCCACCUGGUACUUCUUUGGACUGUGGGAGGAAACCCACACAUCCCAUGGGGAGGACAUACAGAUACUCCUGACAGAGGACACCGGAGACUGAACUCCAAACUCUGAUGCCCCGACCUGUAAUAGCGUUGUGCUGACUGCUGCGCGAUUACACGUUUGGGCAUCGGACUUUGAAGUCCAAAAAUCUUUUAAAUAUUGUAAAUCUUCUCUGGCUUCUCACUGCAGAUACUCACCACCCUUUGUAUGGUAAAACUUACCACCAAGUUCUCCUUUAAAUUUCUCCCCCUCUUCUGUUAAGCCUGUGCUGUCUAUUUCUAUAUUCCCCUGCCUUGGGGUUAAAAAAAUUCUGAUAUGCUUGGCUUAAGAUGAAUUCAGACUGCCUUUGGAUAUUUUUUCUUGACCAAACUGUGAUUAAAAUAUGAUCAACAGUUACCUCAAUUAAUGCGCUUAAUUUUUGUGUUAUGUAUCUCUAUGACAAGUUAGUUUACACGAGUUCCAGCUGAUAAUCACAAAUUUCAGUGCCACUUUUUGGGGGGUGUUACCACCUACAGAGAAUGCUGCACAAAAUUAAUUGUGAAUUACUUUAUAUAAUUGUGAAUUACUUUAUACUAUCACUCAGAUAGCACUCUAGAUGUCAUGCUGGUACAAAUGUUAUUUUAUAUGAAAUUGGAGUUAUUUUGUGCCAUAUUUCAUAUUUUAGGUUUGAUAAAACUAUUAAAAUUCAAAAAUAGUCUUGAAUAUUUUAGGUCUUAUUCUAUUUUUUCUCAAGUGCAAAAUCUAUUCUCUGCAUUUUUUUUGUUUAUACCACAACUACAGUUGCAAUUGUAAAGUCAUUGCAUUUUCAUCAGUUUGGAGCUUUCUACUGCCUCUUGAUUUGCUUUGUAGGGUGAAUACUUAAACAGACAUUUAUUGUAAUAUUUUCAUAUUUUGGCCCUUCAAAUCUAUGCCAGAGCAAUUCUGUCAAUAGCAUUCUAUUACUAUUUCUUCGCAACUUUUUUUCACACAGCACCCUGAUUCUCCUACUACCAACUUGCACUAAGGAGCAUUUAAAGUGGGCAAUUAAUUUACUAACCAUCAAGCCUUUCGGAUGUGAGGGGAAAGCGGGGCACUUGAAGGAAAUCCCCAGUCUGACACAGAGUGUGUACAAAAUCCAUACAGACACCACCAGAGGUUUCUUUAUACCCGAGGUUGCUGGGCUGUAAAAUUCUGGCACUACAUGCAGUACCAUUGUGUCACUCUUAAUUCUGUUAGUUUUUUUUAGUAUACGUUAUUUGAACUUCAAACAUAAAUUGGAUUUGUUUGGAUGUGUAGUUUUAGUGAAAUUGGGGGACCUUUUUCUUGAAUCUAAUAGUGGCUAAUUCUCCUUUGGUGAUGAAUUAUAUAUUUACACUUUGAGCUUAUGACUUAUUUCAUUCAUGGGAGAGCCACUAAUAUUUCAGAAACCAAUCUGGCAAAAUAUUCAGUGGUUUUGCUUAAUGCUAAAUAUUAGCUUUUCUGCUGAGUGAGCUUUUCCCUGCCUCCCUGGUGAAAAACCAAAGCAAUGGAUUUAUUAUCAGAGUACUGGUAUUUGACUCUUCAUGAAUGUGAUGCUAACAUCUCAAAAGUUGUGCAAUUUGACUAAAACCUUGUAUAAGCCUUUAAAAUGGUGUAUAUCUUUCUAUUGAGUUAUUAUGUAAUAUUAGCAAGAUUCUUGAAGCCUUUUUUCCAAAUUACACACCAGCAGUUGAGGAGAUUCAGGGUGCCUGAUUUAGUUUUCUCAAUUAGAAAAAAAUUCUUUCCCUAGUUGGAUUUUUGAGGUAUAUGUUUGUAUUAGGGCAGAAAAUCUAAAAGAUUUAUCAGUUCCUUGCUACAUAACCUCAUAAACAAAAAAAAUGCUAUACUUCAUUCGUCCUUGAAUCUCUUGUAUUACCAAUCCUCAUUCUAGUUAAUUGCAGCCUUGGACAUAUUGCCUAUAUACAUACAUCAAAUAUUUCUCUUGCCUUACUAAGAGUUAAUAACCAAAACUUCAAGAUAGUAAGAACUUUGAUAUCUGAGAGCUUUCUAAAAGUUUCCAAUGUCAAAAAAUGUUGCCGUGUAAUAACAGCUCUUUUGUGGGAAGAAAAAAUUAGUAACUCCAAUGGGAAUGGUAUAAGGGAGGAAAUAUCAGAUUUUACAAUGACACAAUGAAUUUGGUGGUAUCACUGAAAUAUUUUUUCUCACUUAGGGACUUUAAAUGCUAUGCAAAUAAAGUUGUAGCAAGCCAUCAAUAAUAUGCAGCUUAGAUUAAAAUAAAGCAGGGAACUGUUUGUUUAAACUGCAAUUUUCUGACAUAAAAAUAGCUUAAGUUAACUUAAAACUGAAAUGAAACAGCAAGAAUCUCAGUGUUCACAAUCAGGAAAAUUAUGCAAGAAAAAGGCAGUUUAAAUUUUAUAUCUAUUCAAAUAGAAAAUUCUUUAUUAGUCUUAACAGAAUUUAAUCUUUAGAUUUUUAGUAUUGCUUUACACUGCUGGGUGUUCUCUUCAUGCUCUCAGCAAAGCCAGGUCUGAUUCCAUUGUGCCAUCGAUUGUAUUCGGAAGAAUUGGGCUCACUUCAUCUUUUUCAAUGGGAGCCAGAUACUAUGAUGUAUAGCCAUACAAAAAGUCUCUGACUGGACGCAGACAACGUUGAACCUGUAAAGCUAAUGUGCUUGUGAAUGAGAUUGUAACCAGGUUAUUUAUUUCAGCAAAGGUAUCUUUUACUUAUUAUUGUAGCUUAUCUUUACACUAAUCCAGCUCAUGGCUGUUCACAUGUUUAUGUGUACAUUAUGUUGAUUCUAUUAGCAUUUGUGUUUAAACUGAUUUCACUUUAUUUGUAUAUAUUUUUUUCAUUUGGGUACAACCCCCCGUGAGAUUACUUCUGAAAUCUAUAAGAACUGCCAGAUUUAUGGCUUGGAAAUUUUAUUUUGUGUUAAUAAAAUUAUCAAUCAAAUAAAACCUUGAAUACGUUAAUGGGUUUGUUACUUGGUUUUCAGUUGCUUAUAAAGUAUCAAAUCUUAAUAGGGUCUUUCUACCCUUUUAUUUCUUUAUACGCAUUCAAAUAAAUCCAGAUUUAACAAAAAAACGAAAAUCUAAAUUCAAUGUGGAUGUUGGCUGAAUUUAUAGGAAUCCAGUUUCUUUUCUUUAAGUCAACCAUGUAGUGCUGCUUUUCUGGUUGAACACAAUGUUGACAGCAUAUCAGAUCUCAGAGCUGGUGCUCUUUAAACUUAUAAAAAUAGAAGGUUCUUUUGUCCUGCCUUUCAUUCUUUAUUGCUAUAUUUUACUGUGUAGAUCUUAAGUCAAACCACGUAUAGCCUUUUGUACUGCUAUUUCUGAAGCACAUUGU